AUCGAAAUUUUAUUUCCCGAAAACUUCACAAUAAGGCGUAAGAUCGCAGAGAUUCGAGAAUAAGAUAGCGUCGAAGCAUCGGCAAAGCUACAGAUAAAUACACACACAAAGCUUACAGCGACUCGAGUGGGGAGUUCCAAUGGCGGAGAAACCGCAACCUUUUCGCGUUCUGUACUGUCCAGCGUGUAGUCUCCCCGCCGAAUACUGUGAAUUUGGGCCAGAUUUUGAGAAAUGCAAGCCUUGGUUGAUUGAAAACGCACCUGACCUGUAUCCCGAUCUCCUCAAAGAAGCAAAUGAGAAGGAAGCUAACAAGGUUUCCGAACAGCUCAAAUCGGUUGGAAUUUCUUCCGCCGGCGUUGAUGGGUCCGCUCCUGCAGCUACCCCAGGAGGCACCUCAACCUCUAAGCAAGAAGAAGUAAAACGUCUUCCUGGUGGAAAGAUAAAGAAGAAAGAUAAGCAAGAAGUUGUUAUUGAAAAAGUUGUUCGUAACAAACGCAAAUGUGUCACCAUUGUUAAAGGACUGGAGCUUUUCGGAGUUAAACUUAGUGAUGCUUCCAAGAAACUUGGGAAAAAAUUUGCUACAGGAGCGUCUGUUGUUAAGGGACCAACUGAAAAGGAGCAAAUUGAUGUUCAAGGAGACAUAUCCUAUGAUAUCGUGGAGUUUAUUACAGAUACCUGGCCUGAUGUGCCAGAAACUGCUAUUUAUUUCAUCGAGGAUGGCAGAAAGGUGCCCGCUGCAUGACUUAGUGUUAUCAGAAGAAUGUUGGUGCUCACUUUUGACUGGAGAACAUAAUAUUUUUGCAAAAUAUCAAGAGAAAAGGGCAUUAGGUCUUCCACUGUAGAUGGGUGACCUCUCACACAAUUUAGUAUGCUUCUAUGUAAACAGGUCACUUAAUCAACCA